AUGGGUUUCAGAAAUUGGAAGAAGAAAGAAAGAAUUAGGAAUCAUAUUGGAGGUGUUGGAAGUGUUCAUAAUCAAUCUAGACAAUAUUGUAUAGAUCUUAUGCAUCAGAAGCCACACAUCCAAACAGUUUUAGGCAAGCAAUCAGACCAAGCUCAUAUUGAUUAUAGUAUUUGCUUGACAGCUUCCCUUGCUUGCUUGAGAUUUUUGUUGAAGCAAGGUCUUCCUUUUCGUGGCCAUGAUGAGAGUGACACUUCAAACAACAGGGGGAAUUAUUUGGAGCUCUUACAAUUUCUUGCUGAUCAUGAUGAGAAAGUUAAGGCCGUUGUGUUAGAAAAUGCUCCAGGGAAUCUCAAGCUAAUAGCUCCAACAAUUCAAAAAGAUCUGAUGGUAAUGGGGUUUCGUUAUGUGGACAAAAGUGGGGAUGUAAUUGAAAGGUUUGUGGGCAUUCAACAUGUUAGUGACACUACAUCAAACUCACUAAAGGAGGCUAUUGACACAUUGUUUUCAAUAGAGGAAUUGAGCAUUUCUAUGCUAAGAGGACGAGGAUAUGAUGGAGCUAGUAAUAUGAAGGCUCUUGUGGUCGUGACAAAGGGAAAUGUUGAUAUUGCCACUUUCUUCACAUCUUGCAAUAGCUUGGUUAAUAUUGUUGGAGCAUCUUUGCUUAAAUUGAUUAUUGAGGAUGGCUCCACUGAUAAUAUAGGUGAAGCAAAUAAGUCAUUAAGAGAUAUACAAUCUUUUGAGUUUGUAUUUUGCCUAUUUUUCAUGAGAUCUAUAUUGGGAGUCACAAAUGAUUUGUCACAAGCAUUACAAAGGAAAGACCAAGAUAUUGGGAAUGCAAUGACUUUAGUCAAAGAUUGCAAGGACCAACUACAACACAUGAGAGAGAAUGCAUUUGAAGCCUUGCUUGAUCAAGUAUCUUUCUUUUGUGGCAAACAUGAUAUUGAGGUUCCAAACAUGGAUGAUGCAUAUGUAGCUCAAUGGAGAUCACAUUGGAGAGCUCCUAGAAUAACACAUCUCCAUCAUUAUCAUGUGGAUAUCUUUAUUCAAAUCAUUGAGUGGCAACUUGCGGAAUUAAAUCUUCGUUUUAGUGAGCCAACUUUACCGGUUGCAACAGCUUCUGUGGAGAGAUCAUUUUUUGCUAUGAAUAUUGUGAAAGGUCCACUUCGCAAUCGAAUGGGAGAUCAAUGGUUGAGUGAUAGCUUACUUGUUUACAUUGAGAAAGAUGUGUUUAUUUGUAUUGAUAAUGACUCUAUAAUGCAACGUUUUCAGAGUAUGAAAACUCGUCGUGAAAAAUUGUAA